GGACAACACGACCAGGAUCCACAUGCACCUCCUGGCUACGCUGCUCCUGCUCAACUGCAGCUUCCUCCUGAGCACGCCGCUGGCUGCCGGCGCCGCUGGGCUCUGCCGGGUCACCGCUGCCCUGCUGCAUGCCAGCCUUCUCUGUGCCCUGGCGUGGAUGGCCGCUGAGGCCUUCCACCUCCUCCUGCUCCUCGUCAAGGUCUACAACGUCUACAUCCAGCACUACCUCCUGAAGCUCUGCCUCUUCGCCUGGGGUCUGCCCGGGCUGGCCGUGGUGGCUGUUCUUGUCUUCAAGAGAGAUACAUAUGGGUACCACGCCAUCAGCACCUCUGAAGGCUACAGGAACAUGACUAUGUGCUGGCUCACCAGCCCACCUGUGCACUACGCCACCCUCUGCUAUGCUGGCCUCAUCCUGCUCUUCAACACGCUGGUGCUGGGGAGGGUGGUGAUGAUACUGCGGAGUAUGCGGCGGCAUAAGGGGCAGGCGAGGAAGGACUGGGCGACGGUGCUGGGACUCACCUGCCUGCUGGGCACCACCUGGGGUCUGGCCUUCUUCAGCUUUGGCAUCGUCCACAUCCCCCAGCUCUACCUCUUCACCAUCCUCAACUCCCUGCAAGGUCUCUUCGUCUGCCUCUGGUACGUCAGCGUGCACCGCCGGAGCAAGCUGGGCUCCAUCAGCAACACCUCCAG